AAGGUAACUCACACAGCCCUCUUCGAGACCGUCUGAGAUACCAGUGUGGUUGUCAAACAUCUUCACGAAAGACUUUGAGACUGAAACCCGCAAAUACGAGAAUAAACGAGAAUUUGCAUUAUCUUUCAAGACUUUGUUAUCAAGAAUGGCACAGGAAGGGACCCCAGAGAAAAGUUCUGAUGCCUCGGCAACUGAAGUUAGCCAGAUUAUAUUUGGUGCAAAAAACUUGGAGUAUCAGAUCGAACAGUUUGUCAGUUCCGGUGGCCAGACUGUUAAUAUCCUCCUGAGUGGCAAGACAGGGGUUGGCAAGUCACAUCUGACAAAUGCGCUCAUUGGAGAAAACCUUGCAGCAGAAGGAUAUGACAUCGACCCACAAACUAAUGACGUAACUGCUUACGAGGUUGUCAAAAACGGCGUAACUAUCACAGUGUUUGACACUCCAGGACUCGCAGACGCAACCGGCAAUGAUGAAGAAUAUCUGCGGAAAAUCAAGGAGAAAGUAACCCACUUCGACUUGUUUCUAUUCUGCACUGAGAUGACCAGUAAGCGAUUCCGCACCGACGACUUGGAAACGAUAAAGAAGCUUACAGAAGCCUUGGGGGAGAAACUUUGGGAUCAUGCUCUGGUGGUUUUAACCUUUGCCAACGAAGUCUCACUAUCUCCAACCAAGACGACGGAUGACGUACCUGAAGUAACCGUUUUCAAUGACCGCUACUUAGCUUUCAAGAAAGCAAUAAAGAAACAUUUGGUUGCAAUCGGAGUACCUGAGAUAACAGUGACUAAUGUGCCAUUUACGCCAGCCGGAGAGUUGGAUGAUCCAAGACUUCCAGAUAGAGAAGACUGGUUGACAGCAUUUUGGAUUGCGGCUUUCAAACGUAUCAACAGGAACGCAAAAGCUGCUUUCCUAAUGGCAAAUGUCGAUCGUAUUUUAUUUUCCUCCACCCUUGGUGAGGGAAACGAAAGCAAAGUAAGGAAAGAUGCCAACGUUGUCAAUCUUGGCCAGUCCAGUAAUUUAUCCAUCGAAGAAAGUAAUGCAAUUAAAGAAAUCAGAGCAAAAUUGAAAGAGCUAAACUUUGACGAAGAGUUGACCCGCUGUUUGGAGAAAACUGGGACGUCAGAUGAACCAGAAGAGGAGUACGCCACAUCACCUGGCCAAGUUGCAAAGGUGUCAGGCCCCUCUAUAAAUGUGGACGAGACGUACUCUGAAGACCUUAUUAAGGAGAUGUUGGGCAACGUAACAGGGAACUUCAUCGGUGAGCUGACUGGUGCUAAGUUUGGUAGAAAGUACCAAACAUUCUUCGGCUGGUUUAUGAAGUAUUUUAAGAAGUUUUUCCCAACUUCUCGACCCACUUUGGCUUUAAAGGAUAGACCAGAAGGUAUUAAGGAAUAAUCAGAUGGGACCAACAGCGUGAAAAAGAGAGAAACUGUGUGCCUUUAAAAUAUCAACCAGUUAGACUAUCGACAUAUAAUCAGUUAACGAAAAUGAACUCUGUAUACUUAGAAGGUUCAUGUCACGUUUCUGAAAUUAAAUCAGUGUGCUGUAGUAAAAAGGUUCAGAUAGAUUGCAUGUUAUAUGUAGGCUCGUUAGAGGUCCAAGCUUUUUUUUUUUACAAGAUAAGACGAGUUUGAAGCAUCUACAGAUAAAGUUGUUGAGUACAAUGAAGUUAUUUGAUACAGAGGACCGAUUGAUUAAACUUUGGAAAAUGUCA